AUGGAGUCACUUUCAUCAAGAUGCGUCGAGGAAGCAAACUCAACCGACUGCUUGCUUCGCGCCAUCAUUAGUUUCCUCGAAGAACAACAGAAAGAAAAUGACGCAAAGUUCGAAUGGGACCCGAUCACAUUCGGCUUCACUGUCACGAUUGCUCUAGUGGCGGCUGGUUUCGCUUUGAUCACAAUAGUACAGGCUGUACUGGCGGCUGGCCCAGGACGUCGAAAGUCAAAUUCCGAAGCCAUUGGCAAAUGGUCCGCGCAUACGAAGAGAAAAUGGCAAUUUUGGGAUCUUGGAUACUUACAUGUUGCCAAGACUCCCAUUCUCACCGUUGAGAAUGUAUUGGAGUAUCUUGAAUCGGUCGAUCAGAAGAAUGAAAGGUUAUCUGACGAUUCGCCGAAAAGAGAUCCAGGGCAUUCGGGUCAAAUUUCUGGAAGCCUUGCGGCAAAUGCGGCUAAAUGGCUCGUGUUUCUUGACGAGGUUAGAUUGUCACAUCUGGAAUUGGCCGAUGCGGCUCUCGAAACAUGGCUGGCAGACUAUCUUCCAGGUGAUCUUCUCGCUGUGCCUGCCCUUAUCGAAGUACAGUUCGCGUAUAUCUUUACAAUCCUUUUCUGUCAGCCCCUCCGUACUAUAGGGAUGGACAAGCAACAUCCUGGACUUGUGGCUAAGAAUGUCCAGUUCGAAGUACGCCAGCACCCAACGUUGGGCCCAAUUGCCACUUUUUCGAGAUAUCACCAGAACUCUAAAAAGGCCUCAAGAAACAUCAUAACGCCAAAGAUGCUAUCUAUCGUCGAGAAACAGGCAAGGGGCAUUGUUCACGUCUCAACAACCCCUAUAAGUAUGGAGUGUGAUGCGCGCUGCAACGAACCUAUGCGACGACGGGAACUCUAUCAUCUUGAGAAAGCUGGGGUGAUCGACCAUGUCGACGUCUCAAGCCAAACGGUGCUGUCAGGACUGGCGCUCCGAGGUCAUUGGUCGUCCUGCGAAUGUACUGGAGUCGCUUACAAGCAUCAGAGGCGCGGCAUUGGUCUAAUUUCUCCUUUUCCAAGCACGACGACUUUGUUUGCCUUGACAUUUGCGAGCAUCCCCAACGCCAUACCAGAAAUCUUUCCUCGUCGUAAACUUGAUUUGAGAGGCCUAUUUGGGGCUCUAUCAAUCAGUACUGGUAUCGCCAUUGAGCGUAGAGUGGAGCCUAUUGAGGACGGAUUCGAGCAUGAAUACCAUCUUCUAGGUCUGAUGUUCCCAUCGUCCAGAUAUAGUGCCACAACUUGUCUCUGCCGGCGCAUUGUUAACGCAUGCUGCAAAAUGCUUGAGAAUAUUGAUAUAGAAGGUGAAGAGAUACUCAGUAUUGCUGCUGAGGACCUUCUGCAGUUUCGAAAAGACGCGAAGGGCAUGCUUUUUGUGGUCGAAUCCUGGCUACUGCGUCGGUGCUUGCAACGUGAACUUCGUUGCGCGAAAUUCAGUCUCUUCAAUGACACAGCUAAAUUGCAACUUAUCUCCAAGUUUCUAAGAUCAAACAAACCAUUGACUAAAGGUUUGAGUCUGCCAAAAUUUCUCGAGUUGUAUCGUGGAUACGUUGACAGUGAAAUGGGCCACGAAUCCAUGCGGACAUUUGAAGGUGAUGGCAAACCUUCACGGAAGGAGUUCCGGCAGGUACUUGACGCGUUGGCAAAGUUAACCGGGCUUGGUGGAUACCUUAUCGACAAUGUGAAAGACGACGCGAGUUUAGGUGGUCUGAUACCUAUCAAUAUCGUUUGGCCAGAAGAGGCUUGCAAGAGCCCAGAUUUAACUUUAGACUUAAAAUAUUUCAAACUCGCCGAUCAAGAAAUUGAUAUCGAUUUAGAAACCGAACUGCGUCGGCCUAUCGAUGGCGAUAUCAUCCAACCAAAUGCUGGCCUCGUUCGACAAGUCCUAGGAUGGAGAAUGCUAUUUCUUACUAUCCUCUACAUAACGGCGUUCGAUAACUCUGAUAUGCUGGACUCUGGGAGUUGGAACCAGAUUUUACCAAUGUUAUAG